AUGGGUCAGGGCAUAUCGCCAUCGCACCCACCAACAGAACUAUCGCAUAUCGCAUAUUUUCUCAUUAUCGUGCAGCCCUAUCAACAACUAUCUUCAGCUUUUGUAAAGAUAGGCGAAUGGGGCCAGCAACGGCGUAAUCAGCACAGUUUCCCUUCACAAGGACAAUGUUUCCAGGAGAACUGGCAGCAGAAAGAACGAGAGAAGAGGAGAGCAAAGCAGCGGCGGGAAAAUAAGAAAGAAAAAGUUUGCUGGUAUUGCGGACACUUGAAAAACCAAUGUUUCCAAUUCCUGAAAUGUCAAGAGACACCGGAAUCCCAAACGGCGCGGGAACCUUUGCGGGGUGUAAAGAAAAAGGGGACUGAAGCCAGGAGGGGGAAAGAGAGAAUCAGACGGAAGGGGUACGUGGAUGACCUCUUGGUGGCGGCACCGACUCAGCAAUCGUGCACAGACAACACCAUACGGCUGCUCACUCAUCUAGCUGAGGAGGGCCACAAUGUCAACCCCAAGAAGGUACAGUGCUCUGUCCAGAAAGUAACCUUUCUAGGACAUGAAAUUACAUCAAUGAAUAAGUCUCUCUCUCCAAAUAGAAUAGAGGUGAUAGCUAACAUACCAAAACCCAUUACAAAGAAACAAGUGAUGUCAUUUUUGUAAGACAUCUUAUUGCAGGACUUUUAUGGCUAACUAUUCUGAGAUGCAAGAACCAUUGCAUGACAUGAUUUAUGAGAAACCUUUAGCACCAUCAGAGAAGGUAGAAUGGACAGAGAAGGCUGAAAGGGCAUUUGUGGAACUAAAACAGACAUUACAGCAGGCACCCACUUUGGGGCUGCCAUAUCCAAAAAAAGCCUUUUAUUCAAACUGUGGAUGAAAGAAAUGGCUGUAUGACAUCUGUUUUGUUGCAAGAACAUGGUGACCAGUUGCAUAUUUUUCAGGUCACCUUGAUGCGGUGGCCAGGGGCCUACCAGGAUGUCUCAGGGCAGUGGCAGCUGCGGAGAAAGCUGUACAAGCCAGCAGUGAGUUUGUGGGAUACGCACAGCUGCGUCUGUUGGUUCCUCACUCUGUGUCUCAUAUACUGCUUGAACAGCGCACAUCUCACUUGUCUGCAGCAAGGUGGCUGCGUUAUUCCUGUGCAUUGUUACAAAUGUCUAAUGUCACAGAUGAAAGAUGUACAGUUCUGAACCCGGCGACAUUGUUACCUACACCUAAUGAAG